UCAGCCGCCGCCGCCGCUCAGCCAGGGCCCGGCCGGGCCUCCGCCGCGGGCCGUGCACCCGGACGGCGGGACGGGCUGCGACGCGCAGAUUGAGCCCACAGCCUCAUGAUGGCUGAACAUGCUCUCUGCUGCUCAGCUGUACUCACACCUGAGGGACUCGAUGAUGAAGAGAACGUGUUGUCUGUCUAAGCCAGAGCCAUGACCUGAAACCCUGAUGACCACUGCCAGGGCCUCUUCUGGGUGACCGGCAAGUGCACCAUGGAACUUAAAGUAUGGGUGGAUGGAGUUCAGAGGAUUGUUUGUGGGGUCACUGAAGUCACAACUUGCCAGGAGGUUGUAAUAGCCUUAGCCCAAGCUAUAGGCCGAACUGGAAGGUACACCCUCAUAGAGAAAUGGAGAGAUACUGAGAGGCACUUGGCACCGCAUGAAAACCCCAUCAUAUCCUUAAACAAGUGGGGGCAGUAUGCUAGUGACGUCCAGCUCAUCUUGCGUCGGACUGGGCCAUCCCUCAGUGAGCGCCCCACCUCAGACAGUGUGGCCCGGAUUCCUGAAAGAACUUUGUACCGACAGAGCUUGCCCCCCUUAGCCAAACUGCGGCCUCAGGUAGACAAGUCAAUCAAGAGAAGAGAACCUAAAAGGAAGUCCCUGACAUUCACAGGAGGUGCCAAAGGGCUGAUGGACAUUUUUGGAAAAGGUAAAGAAACUGAAUUUAGGCAGAAGGUGCUGAGUAACUGCAGAACCACAGCAGAAGAGCUGAGGAGGCUGAUCCGGCUGCAGACAGAUAAGCUGCAGGCCAUCGAGCAGCAGCUGGAGUCCAGUGAACUGGAGAUACGAUUCUGGGAGCAAAAAUACAGUUCCAGCCUGGAAGAGGAAAUUGUCCGCCUGGAGCAAAAGAUCAAAAGGAAUGAUGUGGAGAUCGAGGAGGAAGAGUUUUGGGAAAAUGAACUACAGAUAGAACAAGAAAAUGAGAAGCAGCUCCAGGACCAGCUUGAGGAGAUACAGCAGAAAGUCACAGACUGUGACAGCAAGCUGAAGGACUACCUGGCACGGAUCCACUCUAUGGAAAGUGGUCUCGAAGCAGAGAAGCUGCACCGGGAAGUUCAGGAGGCACAAGUCAACGAGGAAGAGGUGAAAGGAAAGAUUGAAAAGGUCAAGGGGGAGAUGGACCUUCAAGGGCAGCAGAGCCUGAGGCUGGAGAACGGCAUUAGAGCUGUAGAGAGGUCUCUGGGGCAGGCUACCAAGCGCUUACAGGACAAGGAACAGGAGCUGGAGCAGUUGACCAAAGAGCUACGUCAAGUCAAUCUCCAGCAGUUCAUCCAGCAGACAGGGACAAAGGUCACUGUGCUGCCAGCUGAGCCCACUGAAAUAGAGGCCUCCCAGGCAGACAUAGAGACAGAGGCACCAUUCCAGUCUGGGUCCCUGAAGCGACCCGGUUCAUCACGGCAGCUCCCCAGUAAUCUUCGUAUUCUGCAGAACCCCAUCUCUUCUGGAUUUAAUCCUGAAGGCAUCUAUGUAUAACAUUGUCUUCAGGGGAAGGAUCCAGCCAAGGUACCAAGGACAAUAAAAUCUUUCAGUUUGUGCCAACUGAACAGAGGGUCUGUUCCCAAGCCUAGUGGGAACUAUAUCCUCUCCCAUUUGCAGACUACUUGGAACCUGUGCACUGAUGCUGAACCAGAGCCUGUUCACACUUCGCAGUAUUGACAUGUUGUCCAGCAGCUCAAAUGCAAAGCCUUCAUUUUUUUGUUUGUAGUGUUCUGAAAACAUUAGGAAAGUAUUAAUCUAUGUUUAUACAUGAAUAAACCCUGAAUUAAGAGUAAAGUUAUGUAACUGUUUAGUUUAAUUUAUUCCAUGUAACUGAUUGAUGUAUGAAUGUUGCUGUUUAAUCUUUUAUUAAUCUUUACCCUGUAACUUAAUUAUGUUAAAUAUUAUGGGAUUUUGACUGUGCAUGUUGGCAGACUCCGUCCGGGCUUUGCUCUUGCCUAGCUACACAGCCUCGCGGGGCGCUUCACCAUCCAGACUGACUCCACCGGAACCGCUGCACUUAAUGCUGAGCCCCUCCUCACCCUUGCUUAAGUGAGAUAAUUCAGCUUUCUUUCUGGUCUGGAAGUUAAUCAUUUCUUUACAGUAUUUCCAAACAUAAACUACCACAUAACAUCACAGAAAUACCUUUAAUGGGGUAAAUUGUUCAUGUAAAAUGUUUGUGUCAUAGACUGCCAGCAGCCCGCUGACAGCUGUCCAUGGGUUCCUGACAUACUCUGAGGCCUUCAUGCCUGCCCACCUCCAUGGAGAGAUCCCUGAGGACCGGGUUGCUGUACUUUGGGAGUCAGGUGAUGUGUUCCAGAACAACCCACCUCCUCUGUAGUCGUGCCAUGCAGAGCAGAGGUGGGUCCUGCAUGCCGUGAUUUAAAACAUGGGCUGUGCGUUCUCUCUAGUCACGGAGUCCAAAGUAGAGAACACUGCAGCUGGGUAUUUUUUUUUACCAAGGAAAUAAAGUUAAAUUCAGAGUAUGUUUUUAUUUUUAAGUUUGACUUUAUAGGAUAUUAUUCCCCAUUUAUACUUAUAUCAUUUUGUGUAUUAAGCCAAAAAAAAAAAAAAAAAAAGGAGUCAAUACUUUUCUCAUGAGCAGUGACUUAGCUACAUUCACAGGUAAUAUUUAGACAUGCUGUCAGAUGCCGUGCAGCCGUUUACAUUCUCUCUGAGCAUAUUUGGCACAAUGUCACUAAGACUUACAGCUGAAACUGAAAGUAGCUUUCAAUUCUAAAGAAAAUGCAUUCUCUGUUCCACUCACAUGCAGUAAAAUAGAAGUGGGUUAAUAUAGCAAUGCCAUGGUAACACUGAAGGCAGCCGGGUGCUUGAACUCAUCCAACUUAGUCGUUGCUUAAUGAAUGUGUAAGGAAGCAGAGAAUGCUGCUGUGUUUAGGUUUCCAUAGAGAAGACGCAAGAAUGGCUGUGAAAUACUAGAUGCUUCUCAAGAACCAGAAGCCACGAGUGUUGCCUCUUCCCACAUAAAUAGCAGACCUCAACUGAAGUACUGUCUUUGGGUCCUUGGACUUCCCGAGUCGAUCUUGCCAUCACUGCUUUGCAGAUGACUGGAGAAGGAAGCACGGCCUGUACACAUGUGCUCGAGAUUUGUAACAGUUGUUUCCUAUCUCUGUAUAUUUAAAAAUAAUAAUUCAAAGUCAAAGUAAUUUGUAGCUCCGAGACAGUGGUGACUCCAUAUGCCCAGUACAUGCCUUAUUCUCAGACUCUCCUAUCCUGAGUCAUUGAUCAGUUACAUUAAACCUUGAUCACAAAGAACAACAUUAUACAAGUGGAUUGUCCUCAAUUUAAAGCAAAAUGUUAACCACAGGUGUGUUAAGCUCUAUGAUGACAAAAUAAAGACAAAGCUGUGCAUGGUGGUUCAUGACUAGUCCUAGCACUCAGGAGACUGAGGCAGGAGAGUUGUCACAAGACCCAGGCUAUAGUAAGUUCCACGACAAUUUGUAGAAUAGCAUGGAGUCUAGUGUGAGACCCUGUCUCAAAAAAGAAAGAAAAAGACCUGCAGAUUCCUUGGUAUACCUGGCAGAGCCACACAGUGCACAGCUCACGUGGUGGUUGAACUAGGAACUCUAAAGCAGGUGACAUGUCCCACCAGCUCCCUGCAGUCCUGGCUCUCCACCAGUGUCACAGUUAACAUCUGUAACAACCUCAGAACUCUGGAGCUUCCAGCUCCUCUCCAUGGGCCUAAUUACACACACAACACUGCCUCCCAGACGGGUGGGUGUGACCAGUGAGUUCACAGACAGGCUGAGCAUCUGUGCUUUAUCACCAGUUAAUAGGACUUCUACAAGCACACCACUGUCGAAUAGUUUCUAAAUCUUUUUUAGCUAGGGAAAAGGACUAGUUUCUGUAGAAACAUCCGAAAAUAUUUUAGUAUACUGUGACUGUUUUUACCUAUUGUGACUACAAAUGAAUCGGCUUAAGAGCCCUGUCUUUGGCCACAUCUCAGAGGGGUGUUGGCGAUGGGACUCAAAAAAAUACCAGAUGUACAAUUUUGCAUAUGGGGAAAUAAAUAUCCAGGUUCUAAAUAGUAAAUUAGCUCACAAAUUUUUGUGUCUUUUUAAUCAAUACUGCAGGUUAUAUUAUGCAGUUUUUCUACAGGUAUUAAAUAUACUACAAGUUUUAUUCUUACCAGUGACUAAUAUGAAUAUCACUGGUCUGUUUGACCUCCAGAGCAUCCUCAUUCUCAGAGAAUCACCCACAGUGGGUUACCUCAGUUUGCGUGUGUGUGUGUGUGUGUGUGUGUGUGUGUGUGUGUGUGUGUGUGUGUUAUUUUUUCGUUUCCUUUAUAUUUUGGCUGUUAACGUUCCUUUUUUGUCUCAGUGAACAGCAAGUAUUUAUAUGUGAGGCUUCAGUUGGUGUUGGUUGACCUCUGAAUGCCCAGUUAGUUAUCGGUGGGCAGUUCAGCAGCUCCUGUAGUUGAAGUCAGUUAUAAAAGAGAGCUAUUUCCAGCCUGGUCUGUACAGUAAAGACACAGCUCAUGGAGUGUGGAUAUGGAGUGUGGUGACGUAGACCGAUAGAUCAGCACUGCUCCCAGAGCCAAGAUAAAGUGCAGUCUUGUGGUGACACAGGUUCAUUUGUAAGAGCAAAGAGGUCUUCAGAAACAACUCGUAUGUCAGGGAAUACCUUUCCAAGUCAGGACUUUAGCAGACUGACAAGGACGAACACCUGAUUUCAGGCGUGGGCAGGGACAGGCAGUUAGCGUUGGACAUUGCCUUCGACAGAUUAGGCCUUAAUUUAUAGAUAUAUAUUAAAUGAUGCUCUGUAUCCCUCUCUAACACAAGCCUGUCUUGAUUAGUUGAUACUGUGGCGAAGCCAGCUCAUAAGUAUUCCUUUUGUAUCAUGUCAGUGUUGUUUUUAAGUCCCAGGAGAAGGCUGUGAGUGUGUCGGGAACUCAGCCCAUCAGUAUUUAUUCAGUUACGCUGCUUCAUGUUUCCCAGUGCGCCUUGGACGCCAGGUCAGUGGCUGCGGCAAAGCUGCGGGAGCUCCUUCCUGUGCAUUUUAUAUAUUUUUAGAAACCAAAUGGCUGCAGAUGGCUAUUUAGAUUACUAUUAAACCAGCAGAACUCUAAAAGGCAAUAAAUAUAUGCAUAUAUAUGGGGGGAGGGGAAAGAGUGAAAAAUACAGGUUUACAGCCAGACAUGGUAAUAGCCCUUCGGUGUAUUCCUCAGUGUCUGUCACUGACCUAGAAGGAUUUAAGUCCCUGCAGUUUUAGACAGAAAGUGUCCAUGUUCGCUGACUGUGAGCCAUAAAUAUGCUUUUAGUACUGCUUUGCUGAUGUAUAAAUAAGAAAUCUGUAAUAUGUAUUAUAUGUAAUUAUUUUCUUUUGACUUCAUUUCAAAAUGUAUAUUUUCUGAUUAUUAUCAUGAGCUAUAAAGCAAAAGAUCAAUAUCUGAUAUUCUCCCAAAUAAUAAAUUUUCAAGAUUCA